UCUUCCCGCCUCUUCUCUCUUCCACUGCUCUUUUCUCUUUUCUCACUCUUCUCUUCAAUUUAGUUUCCAUUGAAUUUUAAUAGAAACCCAAACACCAAACAAAGAAAGCGAACAACCCAGAGACAGUGAAAUGCGUUUGAGGGAUGCAGAAACUGAUAAGAAGAAGCCCUUCUUUCCCUCCCCUUCUUUCUACUUCUUCCCUUAAACCCUCUUUGCCUUUUCUUAAACCCUCUGUGCCUUUUCUUUCUCUUUCUCGUCCUUUCUCCUUUACUGCUACUAAUAAUACCCCUUUCAGAAUGCCCACAGCCACUCUCCCGGGCUGCAGCUCAGCCCUUGCCGCUGCCGCUCUUACCAACAAAUUCCCUUCCUUUUCCAGGUUGUUUUAUACCACUGCUACUUUUAGUAUUUACUGUCCCAGAUUAAAUACAAGAACCUGUCUACGGGCUUGGCCUAGGAGGGUUGGGAUUCGACCGGCUUGGUGCCAUUCAGGUGGGGUGGAGGAGAAGUUGAGUACCAGUGAAGGGUCGAAGAGUUUUGGUGGAAAUGAAGGGAAAGAAGAAAAAGAGAAGCCGAUAAGGUUGAGUACAAGGCAUAAGGGUUCAGGGGUUUUGGUGGGGAGUCCGGAUUUGUUGACUAUUCCAGGUGUGGGACCCAGAAAUUUGAGGAAGCUUGUUGAGAAUGGGAUUCAAGGUGUUGCUGAGCUCAAGCACUUGUACAGGCAUAAGUUUUUUGGAAAGGCUAGUCAGAAGAUGGUUGAGUAUUUACAAAGUUCAGUUGGGAUUAUGCACAGAAAUCAUGCUGAGAGUAUAACAACUUUUAUUAAGGAGAGUGUGGAUGAAGAACUGAAGGAUUUAAACUCAGAUGUAAAACCAGCUGCAAAGAAACGGUUAACAUUCUGUGUUGAAGGAAAUAUCAGUGUCGGAAAGACAACAUUCCUUCAGAGAAUAGCUAAUGAAACACUAGAGCUACGGGAUCUUGUUGAGAUUGUUCCAGAACCCGUUGAUAAGUGGCAAAAUGUUGGACCUGACCAUUUCAAUAUAUUAGAUGCAUUUUAUGCUGAACCUCAUAGGUAUGCCUAUACCUUUCAAAAUUAUGUCUUUGUUACUAGGGUUAUGCAGGAGAGAGAGUCAUCCGGGGGAAUUAAGCCACUCAGAUUGAUGGAAAGGAGCGUUUUCAGUGACAGGAUGGUGUUUGUACGAGCUGUUCAUGAAGCAAAUUGGAUGAAUGAGAUGGAGAUCAGCAUUUAUGACUCCUGGUUUGAUCCAGUUGUAUCAUGCUUGCCAGGGCUUAUUCCUGAUGGUUUUAUCUAUCUAAGGGCAAGUCCUGAUACAUGCCAUAAGAGGAUGAUGCUGCGAAAGAGAGCAGAAGAGGGUGGAGUGAGCCUAGAUUAUCUCUGUGACUUGCAUGAAAAGCAUGAGAGUUGGCUUUUCCCUUUUGAAAGUGGAAAUCAUGGAGUACUGUCUGUUAGUAAGUUACCCAUCCUUAUGGAUAGCUCUCUGCAUCCUGAUAUCAGAGAUCGAGUGUUCUUUUUAGAGGGUAACCGUAUGCAUUCUAGUAUUCAAAAGGUUCCUGCUUUGGUGCUGGACUGUGAACCCAACAUUGAUUUCAGCAGGGAUAUUGAAGCAAAGAGACAGUAUGCAUGCCAAGUUGCGGAGUUCUUUGAAUUUGUGAAGAAAAAGAAAGAAUUAUCAUCCGCUGAAGCUGGUCAAGAAGGUAAAGUGAGUAGCCAACCUCAGAUUUCACUGCCACAGACAGGUGGAUUAUGGGUACCAGAUGGAAAACAUUUCCCAGAUUCUGCUUUCAAAUCUCUAGAAUUCCGGCGAGCCAUGUCAUACAUGUCAGGCUCAGGCCAAGGCUAGUCACUUUUUGCUGCUCCCCCCCCCCCUCUUUUUUUAUUGCAUAAUCUCGGUUUCGCUUCUAGAUGAAUCUGUUUUUGUUGGAUGUGAAUCUGGGUGGCAUGCCUCAUGUAAAAAUGUUUUUUAACCAUUAACCCUUAGGAAAUGUAGAUUUUGUUGUAAUGCUUGUUGGAUGCUUGGGCAAAUCUGAUUGUGGACCGGACUGUGAAGUCACUGAAGCUCUAUUUUAUAUUUCUAGGAUUUGUUUGGUGUAAUGGUUUUCAACGCAAUGGUGCUUUCAGUGCUAGUAACAAGUAAAAAUUCAAAUGGAUGUUUGUCCUAUUUGACAGGUUCAGAUCCUUGAUAACCAACAAAUUUUGCUGAAAUGCGAAGGCAGCCACUCCCUAUAGGACAUUUUCCUUCUCGUCUUAAGAUGUCUGGCAUCGAUUAAUACUUUGUUAUUGAAAUGCUAAAUGGUAAAAGAAAACAAAGAAAAGGCGAGUUUCCAUGCUAUAUUUCUCCUAUGAUGUUUUACUUUUAUUUGGCAUGGAAUUCAUAACUUGAUUCAACACAUGAAGGACAUCAUUAACUAGAUACAUAAAUACAUUGUUUUCCCUCUAAACGUUGAGCUCUACGAACUAUACAAGACAUUCCACCACAGCUUACAAUAUCCUGAUCCAAAAUAAAUCUAAUCUAACUUGUGAGCGGCUACAAGAAAUCAUUUCGAUAUACUGAUAAUUCCAAGAGCGAUUUUGCAGCGGGUGCCUAAGCAGUCCAGUUAAAUGUUUUGCCUAAAUUACCAUAUCCCUAGAUCAAAUGAUGGAAAACCCUCAAGCCCACCUUUCUGUAGGUUUGAUUCAGCAAUUAUCCCUUGCUUCUCCAAAGAUGACUCUGACUUGUUUUUGAGAAGCAAGAUAGCUUGUGCCUCCACGGCAUCAAGAUCAAGACCUGCAUAAAAUUGAUCAUCAUCGCCAAACUCAUUCUUAUUUGCAGUGAUUUUGUCGACUUGAGGCUGUUGAUAAGCCUUACUUGAU